AUGUCUACUGAAAAGAGUAAAAGAGCAAUUCGACGAGGAAAUCGAGCUUUCGUAACGAAAGUUAUUCAGACGGCAAAUGACGCCAUUGACAAGUUUGGUGGAACUCAGGCGGAGAAAGAUGCGUUAGAGGGUUGUAAAAUCACGUUAAUCGAUAAGAAAGAAUCCAUAAGAAAGCUUGAUGAAGCUAUUCUGAAUGAAAUUGAAGAUGAAGAGAAGAUUAUGGAAGAUAAAAUUUCAGGCUGGCGAAGUGG